AUGUCUUCUCGUGAUAGCGCUGGAAUUCAGUACUUCCAAGCGAACGACUUCACCUUCAUAGAUCAAACUACAAUCCCGAUUGUUCUAGCAUACCGUGUACUCAACCCAACGUGCAAACCGACCGCAUUGGUUCCGACAUGUUUUCGUGGAAGAAUCAAUAACACGUGGAGCUUUUCGGACGGGGCUUUAAAAGACUAUCGAGUGAUUGUGGUCGCAUUAUUUGGGAAUGGUGAAUCCUCCAGUCCAUCCAAUACGCUCAACUUUCCCUCGUCGCUCGAUUAUGCGGACUGUGUUCAAGCCCAGCGAAGACUACUCCUCGAUCACCUGAACAUAUCUCAUCUCGAUCUGGUGCUUGGGUUUUCCAUGGGAGGCCAGUGUGCCUAUCAUUGGGCAGCCAUGUACCCGGAAAUGGUUCGCAACGCAGUUGUAAUCUGUUCAUCGGCGAGGACGAGCUUGCACAACUAUCAAUUUCUCGAGGGGCCCAAAGCCGCUCUUUUGAAUUCCAUUGACUAUGCAGAUGAGACUUUACGGUCUUUGAAACGCCCCCCUAUUCGGGGUCUUCAUGCUUUUGGACGCGCAUACUCUGCCUGGUUGGCGAGCGCCGAGUGGUUCGAAGAGCGUCUUUUUGAAUCUCAAGGAUUCAAAACCCUUCAGGAAUGGGGAGAAGUCAUCGGUGGAAAGAACUACGAAGAUUGGGACCCUGAUAACCUUUUGGCCAUGCUUGGGAUGUGGCAACGAUCCGAUCUCGGUCUUGUUCGCGGUCAACAAAUCCCGCUUGAACAAGCACUUGGAGAGUUGAAAACGAGAGUACUUGUAAUGCCCUGUCAAACCGAUCAAUAUUUUAAAUGGGAAGCAAGUGAGAAGGAAGUGUCGUUCAUGGAAAAGGCCGAGUUGGCUAUCAUUCCAUCGAUUUGGGGCCAUCUUGCAGGCAGUGGGUGCAACCCAACAGAUACUCAGUGGAUGGACGACAGGAUUGGAGAGUUCUUGAGCUAG